AUGGCUCGCGACUGCGUCUUAAGCGAUGUUGACCGAGGCAGUGCUCAAAUUGCAAGCGGCUUCAAAGGACAUGCACAUUCUCAGCUCAACUUCAACGGAAAACCAAAAGACGGGGAUUCGAAGGAUGAGAUGAUUCAGCGACUACAGAAAGAAGUCACAGAACUCCGCCGCCAAGUGCAAUCAAGUAACGAGACAACAACCACACUGAAUCAGUGCAGUUCUUCAGUACAAGAACAGCAGGCUCACCCACAGGUGACGACUAGAUCUGCAAUAAGCUCGAGCGUUCGGCGUCCACCACAUCGCAAUACGGCUGGUCCUAUUACCAGACACCUGGGUCGCCUUGUUUCUGCGGAGGACGGGGUAGAUCAGUUUGCGGGCACUACAACAGGAGUCCAUUUCACAUUAACGGCGCAGCAAAAGUACCAGGAGCUUUUUCACUCCAAAGAGAAUUUUCCAGAAGUUGUUUUUAGUCUCUACCUCCUUCCGGGCUCCCAUGCCAGGGAACAAGUGCAAGAUUAUGAUGAAAACUACCGGAAGGAGUGGUUUCCAAUGUCCAAACAGCACUAUAUACAUCAGACCGUUUUGUUUUUCGAGAGAUGGGCGAACAUUUAUCCCAUAUUCACAAGGAAGCAAUCCGUCUCCAGCAUGGAAUUCGUCUUAAAUCAGAUCUACAGGGAAGAAGCCGUGGAAGAUAAAACCGCCCUUUACCAGUUGUAUCUCAUUCUUGCCAUCAUGGAGCCUCCUGAAGUUGGCAGUGAAAGCAAGGCAGAUACUUUCUACAGCUUUUCCCUUGGACUACAGAAUUAUGUUGCCUCAACUGGCGAUCUUUCGAGCCUCCAGGGCCUUCUUCUUUUGAUCGUCUUCUUACAGCAAUCGUCGCGUCACCAUCUGAUUGUGCAGAUGAUGGGAACUGUGGUAAGACUGGCCCAAUCCCUCGGUCUUCAUCGACACGCGAGGUGA